CACUCUCUGAAGGGAAGCUCUUCCAUGCUGGCUUUGCCUCCACUAUGGCAAAAAUCAUUUUGAGGCACCUCAUAGAAACUCCAGUGCGUUACCAGGAGGAGUUUGAAGCUCGGGGUUUGGAAGACUGCAGACUGGAUCAUGCUCUAUAUGCACUGCCUGGGCCAACCAUCGUUGACCUGAGAAAAGUCAGAGCUGUGCCGCAAUCUCUUCCAGUGGACUCAGCAACCACAGAGACGCCACCCCAAGAAGGCAAAUCCCGCUUUCAAAUUCUGCUGGACGUGGUCCAGUUCCUCCCCGAAGAUAUCAUCAUUCAGACCUUCGAGGGCUGGCUGCUGAUUAAAGCUCAACAUGGAACCAGAAUGGAUGAGCAUGGUUUCAUCUCACGAAGCUUCACCCGACAGUACAAACUGCCAGAUGGCGUUGAAACCAAAGAUUUGUCUGCCAUCCUCUGUCAUGAUGGAAUUCUGGUGGUGGAAGUAAAGGAUCCGCUUGAGACUAAGUGAAACCUUAUCGGUUCCUGUUCCUAGGAUAUGAGGAAGAUGUUCUAUGGUUGGUACCAUGGGAAUUUUUGUGCUACCCACGUUUGAAACA